UCACAUUUCUUAGUUCAUCCAUUAGUUGUCAUGUCAUCAGCUGUUUCGCUUGCACUGCAGUGUUGCACAGCGUGAAAACAUUAAAACCAAAAAGAAAGCGAGAACUAGGCAAUUAUCCAUAAAUACAUCGUAUUAAAGUUAAACGAAGUCUGUAAUACAAAGUCUAAUAAUAAAAAAUGCAAAGCGUGCUUAACACAGUAAAAGGAACAGCGCUAAAUGUGGCAGAAUACUUAACACCAGUCUUAAAGGAGUCAAAAUUUCGGGAAACUGGCGUUUUAACUCCAGAGGAAUUCGUAGCAGCAGGUGAUCACCUAGUUCACCAUUGCCCCACCUGGCAGUGGGCAGCAGGUGACGAAAGCAAAACAAAACCAUACUUGCCAAAGGAUAAACAAUUUCUGAUUACACGCAAUGUGGCUUGCUAUCGCCGCUGUAAGCAAAUGGAGUACGUGGGAGAAGAGACACUGGUGGAGGAAGAAUCUGGUGACGGUGGCUGGGUGGAGACACAUCAUUUAAACGAUGACGGCACAAAUCGACUCGAUGAUAAAAUAUGCGAGCUGACGCUAGAUGAGAGCAAAGACGAAAUGCACACUCCUGAAAGCGGCAAGAUGUCGCCAAUAACAGCGGUAGCUAGUGAUGAUGAUAAUGAGGACGAUGAUGAGGCCAUUGAUAUGGAUACAUUUGAGGAAAGCGGCAUGCUUGAUCUGGUCGAUCCUGCUGUAGCCACUACCACUCGCAAACAAGAUUCCGAAACACGCCCAAGCUGCUCAACUUCAGCAGUUAUGGCAAACGGAGACUCCGUUUUGCAUACACGAACUUACGAUCUGCACAUCACAUACGAUAAAUACUAUCAGACUCCUCGGCUAUGGGUGGUCGGUUACGAUGAGCAGCGUAAACCACUAACAGUAGAGCAAAUGUACGAGGAUGUUUCACAGGAUCACGCUAAAAAGACUGUUACAAUGGAAUCGCAUCCCCAUUUACCCGGACCUAAUAUGGCAUCGGUGCAUCCUUGCCGCCACGCAGAUAUUAUGAAGAAGAUUAUCCAGACUGUUGAGGAAGGUGGUGGCCAACUUGGAGUGCAUUUAUAUUUAAUUAUCUUUUUGAAAUUUGUGCAGACAGUCAUACCAACUAUUGAAUAUGACUUUACACAAAAUUUUAACAUGUCCUAAGCAGCUCAAUUUUAAGUUUAAUCUGACAGCAAUAUAAUAAAUUAAGCAUUAAUUACACUUAAAAAGCGUCUACACAAAUAAAAUCUGAGCUACGGUACA